GUUUGAAGAUGAAUUAAACCCCCUUCUAAUUUUGCGGGUCUCAGCAUGGAAACGUGGAUCAAUGUGACAACAACAACAACAAUAAAAGUAGCCGCUGUAGCUGCUAUAUACGACUGGUUCCUGCAAUUUCGCGGCUCUGAUGCCAAAUCAAAUCGAAUCGAAUUGAAUUGUCCCCGCUAACUGAACAGUCUUAGCUGCGAGUAUGAUCGAGCGCUGCUGAAUUCGUUUCAAGCGACAGGAAUUUGGGGAUGGAGACGUGGUGGCGGCGGCGCCGCAACAUCGAGGAGUUCUCGAAGGGGUAUUACGGGGUGUGUGCGGCGGGAGGAAUGCUCAGCGCCGGAGCUACGCAUCUCGCCAUCACCCCUCUCGAUGUGUUGAAGGUUAACAUGCAGGUGAAUCCAGUGAAAUAUAAUGGCAUCAUAUCAGGGUUCAGUACUCUUUGCCGAGAAGAAGGUGCUUCGGCUCUUUGGAGAGGUUGGUCUGGAAAACUUAUUGGUUAUGGUGUACAAGGUGGAUGCAAGUUCGGUCUCUACGAAUAUUUCAAGAAACUAUACGGUGAUCUACUGGUGAAUCAGAACAAGGGUGUCAUAUUCUUCCUCAGCGCUGCAUCUGCUCAGGUCUUUGCUGACAUUGCUCUCUGCCCUUUUGAAGCUGUCAAAGUCCGAGUUCAGUCGCAGCCAAGUUUUGCCAAUGGCUUGGCUGAUGGAUUUCCUAAAGUUUACACUAAAGAAGGGUUUUACGGAUUGUACAGAGGACUGCUUCCGCUCUGGGGCCGUAACCUUCCAUUCUCCAUGUUCAUGUUCACGACGUUUGAGCACUCUGUGGAUCUAAUGCAUCGCAAAGUUAUACGAAGAAAGAGAGAAGAUUGCUCGAUACCCCAGCAACUAGCUGUGACGUGUCUAGCUGGGUAUUCAGCUGGGAUUGUUGGUGCUGUGAUCUCCAAUCCUGCUGACAACAUAGUUUCAUCUCUUUACAACAAAAAGGCUGCAAGCAUACUGCAGGCGAUAAAGAAGAUCGGGCUUGCCAAUCUGUUCACUAGAAGUCUCCCCGUUAGAAUUGCAACGGUGGGUCCGGUCGUUACGUUGCAAUGGUUUUUCUACGACAGCAUCAAAAUGUUCACGGGACUACCUGCGAGCGGAACUAGUUGGCGGCUAUCAUCGGGUGGACAACAAAUGGACCAAAAAUGAAGCUUGGGGAAGGAGGAGAAAUAACAGCUUUAAAUUUCUUCUUUUUAGAUAAUUUUAUUUUUUAACCUACUUGGAAAGUGACGUUUGGGUAAUUUGAAUGAUAAAUUUAAAGUUAGGUUUAUAUUAA